GCCAAAAUCGUUUAAAAUCUUGAGGUAAAAAAUGUUUCAGCACCAGAAUUGUAUUUCCUGGAGUUAAAGCCCAUUGAGUUAAGAGGCUCUUUAGUACAUCACUCCCGUCAGUUUUAGAAACCCAAACGAUAAUUUGUUUUGUUUUAUCGUAGAGUUCAACACAGGGGAACGAGGGGGGGCGGAAUGCCAGCGAAACUCGGGAAGCGGGGAGGCCUCAGCGGCCCCUUUGCCGCACCGUCUCAGGACGGCGGUUGUGGCGUGUGGAUCGACACGGCCGAGCGCAGGAGGAAGAGGCCGCCGCCGCCGCCGCCGCUUGCCCCACGUGCCGGCGAGCCGGUGCCGCGACCCGGGGCCCGGCAAACGCGGAUCUCGGCUUUCUUCAUCACCAGGAGCGGAGUGGGGGCCGGAGAACCGGAAAGCUGCCACGAGGAUGGAGAUGGCGCCUUGCGAGCACCGAGCUGUUCGUCUGCCGGACGAUGGAAUGACGGGAACAAUGCCGGUGGCGCGUCGGACAAAAGUGGCGGCGUGCGGGAGUUCGGCAGCCGUCCUUACUCCUCUUUCGCUAACGAUCGCUCUCGGCGGCCAUUAUCCGAUGAUGGCGACGGUGAUCACGCCUGUCCUGUAGCGGAGUCUCGCUCAGAGUUUGCAAAUGCGAGCAACCCCGCUGCUGUUCCAGUGAGAACGGAAACGCACCGGCAAGAAGGCAACGCCACCGGUGAUGUAAACGGCUCAUCCGGUUUGUGCCACAGUCGGCCCGGCAGCUUUGACGCCAGUGAUGUCGACACGGACGAUAGCAACGGCUUCUCUCCGCUGAAAGCGAGAUCUGUGUCGCAUCCACACUUGUCAUCUGAGAAUUUCCAAAAACAGCGCAAGGUCGUUUCCCGUCCGUUUGGCCCAUGUAUGGCGCCGGACCGCCCGGACGUCACCACCACCGAUGCCUUUAGCGACUCGGAGAACGCGUGUAGCGACUCGGAGAACGCGUUUAGCGACUCGGAGAACGGUGUGUCGGAUCGGACGGAGCCCGCGAGGGACGCGUUGUGGGAAGACUCGGAAGGCGGCUCGGCUGCGCUGUUCACGCAGGACACGCAGGGCGCUCGCGUCAUCGCGCACCGGAGGGCCCGAGGCGGCCACGGGUCUGCGCAAACGUUCCGCUCGCGGGGCCGGGCGCGUGGGCGCGUCCUGGAAGUCCUGGACGAAAACGUCACGUCCGAUUGCGAUGUGGAGGAGAGUGAGAUGACGUCAAGUUGGCGGUCGAAGGACAAGAGGCGGAGAAUCGCCGAUCCGGAAUCGCAGUCUCAGUCUGAGGCUCUGUUCACGACGGAUUCGCAGGGCAACAGAGUCAUACAUCAUGGCUGUUUUGUGGAAUAGUAAGCGUGUGAUGACCUGUGCAAUGAGCGAUUAAAAUCGACGCAUGUAGAUUACACAUGCGUUGAAGAAUUUGCGUAGGAAUUGAUUGCGAUUCAUGAAAACUUACGACCUUUGACCAAAUUACCCAGAAUGUGCCCAAUCUCAUCGGAUCAUGAAAACUAAGCAGGUUUGACCUUGGAUACUGCUUGAAUGAGGGAACACCAUGCAUAAAAAUAAUUGCUAUGGGCUGCUGGAGUUGGCUAAAAAUCCAAAUAUAAGACCACAGAUCUUGGGCAAUUAUCUGUCUGCCUUCCCACUUUUCUGGUUUCGCGCGACACUGCGCGUUACACAUUCUUCAACUUUGCGUGUUACAAAUUCUACACCUUCAACCUGCACUUCUAACCAGCAUGGUGAAGUAUAGCUAGAUGACCCACCACCCGCAGAGUGAGAGAAGACCCUCGUACAGCAGUGGACGAACAAAAAUGGCCUUACCUAUAUACAUUGAGCCUUUCGUGAAAUUACAUACGCAAUCUUCAUUGUUUACUGUUAAUUGCAAUUUUAAUGCUGCAAUGUUAAUGCUGUUUAUGACAUUGAAAGUGAUCUGUCAAGUGAAUAAAUAUUUUUGCUGCGUUUUCUCACA